CCGGCGGCUCGGGCAGCCCGACACCAGCGAGGGCCGCGGCCGCUCUCCCGGCCUGCCGUCACCCGGCGCGGCUGGCGGGCUCGGCUUCCCGCCCACUUGGAGGCUCGCCACCCCGUUGCCCUCGGCCUCCCGCCGGGGCGGGAUGAAGCUGCGCAGCGAGCGGCUACCCCUGGCCUACAGCACCCAGCUCGCCCCUGAGGCAUCAGCAGAGAACUGCAACCAUGCUGCUUUAUUUGCAAAAGCUGAGGAGCUGUUGGUGAAGAGAAUGGCAAGCGGAGAUCCUGUGGCAUGGUUUUUGAGAGGACAACUGUACUACGAAGAGGGGUUGUAUGAAGAAGCAUUAAUACAAUUUGAAAAAAUCAAGGAUGUAGAUUUUCAAGCAAUGUAUCAGUUUGGUGUAAUGCAUUAUGAUGGACUAGGCACUACAGAAGACCCUGAGAGGGGAGUGGAAUACAUGAAGAAAAUACUCUACUCUGAUUCCCCAAAAGCAAGACGCUUGAAGUUUGCAGCUGCAUACAAUCUUGGCAGAGCAUAUUAUGAAGGAUGUGGUGUCAAGCAGUCAACUGAAGAAGCUGAAAGGUUGUGGCUUUUUGCUGCGGACCAUGGAAAUCCAAAAGCAAGCAUAAAGGCCCAGAGUACUUUAGGAAUGCUUUAUUCUAUGUCAGCUCAAAAAGACCUGAAGAAGGCCUUUUUCUGGCAUUCAGAAGCAUGUGGCAAUGGAAGUCUGGAAUCACAGGGAGCACUCGGUGUUAUGUAUCUCUAUGGACAAGGUAUAGGUCAAAACGCUAAGGCUGCUUUGGAGUGUUUGAGAGAAGCAGCACAACGUGGCAACAUCUAUGCUCAAGGUCAUCUUGUAGAAUACUAUUACAAUAGAAAAUUUUACUCAACAGCUGCUGCAGUAGCCAAAAGAAUUACAGACCAUGAUGACAUCAAUACGCUAGCAAAGAUAACCGACUGUCUUCCCGCAUAUGUUGCCAAGGGGGUUGCCAUGGCUGCUUUCUACUUGGGUAGAUGCCUCCAGCUUGGCCUAGGUGUACAGCAAGAUCAAGCUGCUGCUUCAAAACACUAUUCUAGGGCAUGUCUUCUGGAUCCUGAUGUUGCUGCUGACCUUCAGCUGGCAGCUAAUCUUGGGAAAAUUUAGCAUUUCCUUUAGCUGUGACUGGUAUAUGAAUGUACUACCACAAUAAACCAUCUUUAAUCUGAAGCAA